AUGCGGUCUCUAGUCAUCUAUCUGUCGCUAUUUGUGAUCACAAUACUGCUGUCUGGCCACUUCUGGGACUGGUAUCGGUAUAGAGUCGAUACUUUUAAAAUGGAAUGCGCAUGCAAUAAAUCAUCAGGUAAAACUGCAGAAGAUAUCGGAAUCGUUGCCACUUACAAAGUUGACUCAACAGACAGCAUUCCUUCCGUGUGUGAGUUUCCAAGGGUAGAUCCCUUUGAGCCCAGUGUCGUAAAGAUAGCGGGGGUAGAUAAACAGACAGCCACCUGUGAGGGGAUGUAUUUGUCUGACCUGACCUACAUCGACGGCCAUACACUCAAGGUCAACACGAGUAUGGUUGAGGACUAUCUAAAUGUCAGCGACUUCCAACACUGCAAGUACCGAAGCAUCUUUCGCCAUAUCACUAAUGAUAAUAGCUUUAAAUAUGGCGAAUGGUCAAAACCUUUCAAGGAUAAGGUAGAUCUUCCAAAAGAUGCCGAGUUUUUGAAAGUGGAGUGCAUGAAAAAUACAUCAGAGCUUAUAUCCAAGACAUUCUACUACCUCGUUCCAAGACAUGAGGAACUGGAAGAGUUCGAUCUACUGAAUUUAAAAAAGCGGCAAGCAAUGUCCCUUCCGAAAGAAACAUUAAAUGUUAUUAUGAUAGGACUAGAUACAUUACCAAGACAUCAACUGAUCAGAGCCUGUAACAAAACAUAUUCAUAUUUGAUGAAUUCAUUCAAAUCAUUCGAUCUAACCCUGCAUUCUCAGGUAGGACUCAAUACAUUCCCCAAUUUUUUGCCACUGUUUGGUGGUCUGUCUUACGACGAGAUCGCAAAAUGGUGGUCAGACAAAUAUUAUUUGGACAAUAUAGACUUGCUAUGGGGCACCUUUGAAAAAGCUGGGUAUCGGACUUUGUACACUGAAGACUUUCCAGGAAUUGGGGCUUUUAAUUAUCAAAGGAAAGGUUUCAGGUUUCCUUUUGCAAGAUACAACACACGUCCGUUAAUUCUAGCAAUAUAUGAUGACAAGGAUCUUAUGAAACAGCGAUGGUGGUAUUGUUAUGGAAAUCAGCCCGAAAUGAAAUUUCUGUUGAAUUAUGUUAGUAAAUUUCUGGAUACAUUUUCUGACAAACCGGUGUUUGCGGUAGCGAUGCUCAGUAAACCAAGUCACGACCACGUUAAUGAGGUCAAAAUGAUUGACGAAUAUGUGUACAAUUUUUACCACUAUUUAAACCAAAAAGGUCACAUGAAUAGAUCGUUGGUGAUUUCAUUUUCAGACCAUGGUGUCAGAUGGGGGCCAUUAAGAAAUGCUAAGAACGGGAAUUUCGAUAGCAGAACGCCAUAUACAAUCCUGACAUUUCCGGACUGGUUUUUGAAGAAGUACCCGGAUGUGGCUGCGAACUUGGAGGUCAAUAGCAGACGUCUGACAUCUCAUUUCGACACUCAUGCAACUCUUCUAGACCUGCUCUACUUCAAAAGCAACCUAACGCCACAAGUUGCCUCUCUUAGACACGGAAUCAGUCUCUUCGAGAAGAUCCCCUGGGACAGGACCUGCAAAGAUGCCUCCAUACCUCUAGAAUAUUGCAUGUGUGGCUACACGGGACUUGAGGAACUCAACAUUACUUCAAACAUGUCUAUGACAUUGUCAAAUCUUGUUGUCAAAGCAAUAAAUUCAAAAACAGACAAAAAAGCCUGCGCUGUUUUCGAACUCCAUCACAUUAUUCGCGUUCUGAAAAUUUCCAUAACGGAUACUAAUUCAAAAAAGGAAAGGACAAUAUUUAAAGUAAAACUGGAAACAACCCCAGGAAACGUAAUGUUUGAAGCCAAUGUUUAUGCAGAUGACAGUACCCGUGAUUUGAAAGUAGGAAAUGAUAUCAAUAGGUUAAACCUCUAUAAAGGUCAGGCCGACUGCGUGAGCAAUGCUUUGUUAAGACCAUUCUGUUACUGUAAACGUUUACCCGCUAAAUGA